GGUAGAAUUUCAGAGACAAAGAUUAAAAAAGCUACAAUCAUUUGUGAAGUGAGCUUACACUCUCAAAAAUGAGAGUUUCUGUAAAAAUCCUCGGCUUUGCCUGUUUGGUUUUUUCCUUUACAUAUGUGCAAGCUCAAGAAUGUCUUGGAAAGGACAUUAAAUAUGAAAACAUAGAACAAGUGGAGAAAGAUUCCUACGCUAAUAAUGAAAUGGUGAAAAUUAACUGCCAACCAGGCUUUACCGGCAUGUACAGAUUGAAGUGUGUCAAUGGAAAUUGGGAGAAAAACAUUGCACGAAGCUGCAAAAAGAAAAAAUGUGGUCACCCAGGGGAUGCACCAAAUGGUGAUUUUAAGCUUGUAGAUGGAACAGAGUUUGUUUUUGGAGCAACAGUGGAGUAUACUUGCAAGACAGGGUAUGAAAUGGCAAGCAGAAUAACUCGGCGUAACUGCAGAAGCCAAGGGUGGGAUAAUGCUAUCCCUGUCUGUGAGGUGGUGAAGUGUGGUGCGAUUCACACAGAAGGGGAUGUGACUGCAUCAGGCAACACAGAGGAGGGAAGUUAUGGUGAUGUCAUUCACUUUGAGUGUGUAUCUCCUGACAAAAAGUUAGAUGGAAGUAGGGACAUUCAUUGCAAGGAGAAUGGUGCUUGGAGUGACUCUGUUCCAAAUUGCAUAGAGAUAACAUGCCCAGCACCUAAAAUACCACACGGGAGUAUUUCCUCGCCAAAAGAGUACCAGAAAGAAUACAAGAAAGAUGAAACAUUGAAAUACAGAUGUGAUAGAGGAUACAAGUCCAGAGAGGGAAGCCCAAAAUGCACUAAAUAUGGCUGGAGUCUGAACCCAGAGUGUGAAGAAAUAACUUGUCAGAUUAAGGCAAGCAGAUAUGGAAUAGAAACAAUCGAACCAGAAGGAAAAACAAAUUUCAGAGUUGGAGAAAUUGUGGAAAUUACCUGUUCUGAAAGACACUGGUUCAUUGGCACAAAAGAAACCACAAAAUCAAUUACAUGCCAAGAUGACGGGCAAUGGGAAUACGAGCCUACUUGUGUGGAUAUUAAAUGUGAAGUUCCACGUGACAAGCAUGUUGCUAGAUUUUACUAUUACUAUAGUGCAGACUUGAAAUUGGAUGCAAAAAUAACUUACGCUUGUAAGCAUGGAUUUCGUAAUACGGGACAGGUGGUCACAUGUACACGAGACGGCUGGAAACCAGAUACACUGUGUGUUGAAAUUAUGUGUGAAGCACCAAAAAUACCAAAUGCAGAAAUUGUGGGAGAUCAGAAAGAAAACUACAAAGUCACUUCAAGAAUAGUGUAUAAUUGUCUUCCUGGAUUUGAACCAGAGAAGGGUGUACCAAUCACCUGUAAUUCUCAGGGCCAAUGGACAGGCAUUCAGCACUGCACCGAAAAAAAAGGAUUUUGCCCUACUCCAUCCUUGGAAAAUGGGUUUAUAAACAGAGCCUCCCCAAAUGAGGAAGAGAUAUUUUACUCAUGCAGUACAGGUUAUAAACCAUUCAGUGGGUCCUGGUGGGAAUCAGUGACAUGCAACGAGGGAUCUUGGUCUGUUGAGCCAUGGUGUAUCAGGGAGGAAGAAUGUGGUGCUUUUCCCAAAGUCAAUAAUGGAAAAGUGAAACAAACAAAAAAUCAUGAUGGAGAAUUUGCAGAACUGGAAUGUGAUCCAGGAUUCAAAUCAACAAAUAGCCCAAUAAAAUGUGUCAAUGGUACAUGGGAGACACCAAUCUGUGAGGUGGAUGUGCGUUGUGACAUCCCUCCAAAGGUGGAAAAUGCUGUCGUAAUCUCUAAACCUCAAGAAUUUUAUCCUGAAGGCUCUUAUGUAAUAUACAAAUGUCGAAACUCAUACACGAUGAGCGGGGAUAGAAAAGUUUUCUGCCACAAUGAGACUUGGGAAAAAGUACCUGCAUGUGAAAUUUUCUGUUCAGAACCUCUUCAGAAAGUAAACAAUGCCACACUGGUAGAUAAAAACCAAGGAGAGAAAAAAUAUCCACAUGGAGAUACAGUGCGCUAUGAGUGUGUUGAGGGGUUUGAGUCUAAGGAAGAGACCACUGCUAAGUGUGAUGCACAAACCUGGAUUUACCCGGAAUGUAAUAAAAAAUCUCAGUGCUCCAAACCAACAGAGUACAUGGAGUUUGUGACACUGUUAAAUGAGAAAAAUGUGUACAACAACUUAGAAAAUGUGACAUACAAAUGCAAUCAUCCGUAUGAUGAAAUUCCUGAAGGAACUUGGACGUGUAAAAAUGAAAAAUGGCAUGGAACGUUUGUCUGCACAAAAAUAACUUGUCAGAUUAAGGCAAGCAGAUAUGGAAUAGAAACAAUCGAACCAGAAGGAAAAACAAAUUUCAGAGUUGGAGAAAUUGUGGAAAUUACCUGUUCUGAAAGACACUGGUUCAUUGGCACAAAAGAAACCACAAAAUCAAUUACAUGCCAAGAUGACGGGCAAUGGGAUUACGAGCCUACUUGUGUGGAUAUUAAAUGUGAAGUUCCACGUGACAAGCAUGUUGCUAGAUUUUACAAUACAUUUAGUGCAGACUUGAAAUUGGAUGCAAAAAUAUCUUACACUUGUAAGCAUGGAUUUCGUAAAAUGGGACAGGUGGCCACAUGUACACGAGACGGCUGGAAACCAGAUCCACUGUGUGCUGGGAAGGAAGAAUGUGGUGCUUUUCCCAAAGUCAAUAAUGGAAAAGUGAAACAAAUAAAAAAUAGUGAUGGAGAAUUUGCAGAAUUGGAAUGUGAUCCAGGAUUCAAAUCAACAAAUAGCCCAAUAAAAUGUGUCAAUGGUACAUGGGAGACACCAACCUGUGAGGUGGAUGUGCGUUGUGACGUCCCUCCAAAGGUGGAAAAUGCUGUCGUAAUCUCUAAACCUCAAGAAUUUUAUCCUGAAGGCUCUUAUGUAAUAUACAAAUGUCGAAACUCAUACACGAUGAGCGGGGAUAGAAACGUUUUCUGCCACAAUGAGACUUGGGAAAAAGUACCUGCAUGUGAAAUUUUCUGUUCAGAACCUCUUCAGAAAGUAAACAAUGCCACACUGGUAGAUAAAAACCAAGGAGAGAAAAAAUAUCCACAUGGAGAUACAGUGCGCUAUGAGUGUGUUGAGGGGUUUGAGUCUAAGGAAGAGACCACUGCUAAGUGUGAUGCACAAACCUGGAUUUACCCGGAAUGUAAUAAAAAAUCUCAGUGCUCCAAACCAACAGAGUACAUGGAGUUUGUGACACUGUUAAAUGAGAAAAAUGUGUACAACAACUUAGAAAAUGUGACAUACAAAUGCAAUCAUCCGUAUGAUGAAAUUCCUGAAGGAACUUGGACGUGUAAAAAUGAAAAAUGGCAUGGAACGUUUGUCUGCACAAGAAAGACCUGUCCACCACCACCACCUCAUCUUGAACAUGGAGACAUUAAAAUAUAUAGAAAUGAAGAUCACUGUGAAAUAACACCUGACAUUAUUGAGAAGUACAAUCUACAGCCCCUCCAAGAAAAGGUCUGUGUGAUGCAUGGUUACCCGUAUAGACUUAGUUGCAAGUCUGGAUGGAAUACUGGAGAUUGGGGGAGACAUGAAUAUCUGGACGUGUCGUGCUCUAAUGGAGAGAUAAAAUCAGAAAAAAGUUGCUAUGAACAAAAUUGACUUGGUUGAAAAGAAAACGAGUGGAAACACUGAGGUAAUAAAACAAUGAAUUUCAGAGAGUGUUCUUUUAGAGGCACUAAAAAAAUGAACCACAAAUAAAACAUUUUGAAAAAAAAAAA